GGACAACAUACAUCCGGUUGUCAGUUUCUUUUCCUUUCGUUUUGAGCUGCGAAGUGAGAGGUUCAAAAUGGGUCGUCGGCCUGCAAGAUGUUACCGCUACUGCAAGAACAAGCCCUAUCCCAAAUCGCGGUUCUGUCGUGGUGUUCCCGAUCCAAAGAUUCGCAUUUUUGAUUUGGGCAGAAAGAAGGCCAGUGUAGAGGACUUCCCGCUCUGUGUCCAUUUAGUUUCCGACGAAUACGAACAGCUUAGCAGCGAAGCCCUUGAAGCUGGACGCAUUUGCUGCAACAAGUAUCUGGUCAAGUUCUGCGGCAAGGAUCAGUUCCACAUCCGCAUGCGUUGCCAUCCAUUCCAUGUCAUCCGCAUCAACAAGAUGUUGUCAUGUGCCGGAGCUGAUAGGCUCCAAACUGGAAUGAGAGGCGCCUUCGGCAAGCCACAAGGCACAGUUGCACGUGUCAGGAUUGGCCAACCCAUCAUGUCAGUGCGCUCCAGCGACCGCUACAAGCCACAAGUUGUGGAAGCUCUUCGCCGUGCCAAGUUCAAGUUCCCUGGACGCCAGAAGAUCUACGUGUCCAAGAAGUGGGGCUUCACCAAGUACGAUCGUGAGCGCUACGAGGAGCUGCGUGAUGAUAACCGCCUGGAAAACGAUGGCUGCAAUGUCAAGUACCGCCCAGAGCACGGUCCAAUGGCCGCUUGGGAAAAGGCGCAGCGUGAAGUUUAUGCUUAAUGUAAACCUCAUAAUGAAUUAAUAAAUUCAUAGUUUCUGGAUUUUGCACUAUUCUUUAGUGGAAUAAAUGUU